AUGCCCCCAACAAUCCAGGAUGGACAAAAGAACAGAGAUCAGGACAGAAGGUUAGACCAGCUGAGAGAAAAGUGACAGCGACGUAAAGUUUGUUGUAAUGCUAGCGCUGUUGCUUGUUGUUUGUUUCUUUAUGCAAAAUAAUAUUCUGCGUUAACUUCUCUCAGGUUAACAGUAGUAAAUACAACUGUUGGUAAGGUAGUUCUGAACUGAUGUGUCAGACUAACCCGCCAGUCAGCAGGUUUCGUGAUUACUUUCAGUAUGAAGUGAUGUAAGGAUCGACAAAGGAUGUUAUUCUGUCUCACUUUGAAAUUUGCUCAAGAAAAUGGUGUAACCCUGUAUGUUACGUCUUUUGCAGGCAAAGUUCAUUGCGUCAAACAGUAAGGUAAGCUUUUUACUAGAUUGUUAACUAUUCUUCACUUAAUUAGUUCAUCUAAAAUUGAAAAAAAAUUUACCUUAUUCCUUCAAUUUUUCUGUCAAAUUAUCAACAAUUGUUUUUCUCUGCGUGUUCUUAUUUGCAGCAAGGCUGAUUUUGUUUCCCGGGUUAAAUAUAACAACAAUCUACCAGAUAUUCCUUUUGAUGCCAAGUUCAUUGCUUACCCCUUUGAAUCAAACAGGUAAUUUAGAAUUAGUUAUACAUUUUACAAGAGCAAAAUAGUAAUUAAAAGAGAAAAUUCAGUUUCAUGUGCAUACACAAGUUACAUAUUAACCCUUUAACUCCCAUGAGUGACCAAGACAGAAUUUCUCCUUACAAUAUCAAUGCAAUAUCAACCAGAUAAGUGAUGAGAAUAAAGAAAAAUAUCAAUUUGGGGAUAAUUAGUUGAUCCAAUACUAAAUUCUCCACACUGACAUUAUAAGAAAUGUGUGGUUGACAGUAAGGAGAAUUAGAAAUUCAAUCUGGGAGUUGAAGGGUUAAGUGAAAAAUAUAAAGUGCCAAUAAAGCUGAUUUUAGUAUGGUAUGUUAGUGUAAAAGGAAAGGUUAGUUUAUAUAUGUAACCCUAUGCAAUUCUAAACCAAAGCAGUAGUUCCAAAGGCACUCAGUUGUUUGGCAUUUGUUAUUUUUUUAUCCAAUUACUGUGAGCAUGAUGCAUUGAUCAAUUUCAAGCUUUAACCUUCUUCCCCCCCCCCCCCCCACUUCAAGUAACCACUUGGGCUUUUAAACUUUUGAAGAUUUGUUUGUUUAAAUUCCCACCCCAGGGGCCAAAAUUGUGUUCAGAUACCUUACGCAUGUUUUUCUGAAUGUGACAUCAGCAACCAUGACUUUCUAUACAUUGAACUUUUCUUCUGAACAAUAAUUCCUUGUGAAAGUGAACUAUGUACUGUAAAAUACUUUAAUAUUAGAGAUGUAACGCCCAAGUAUUCUGCUGGAAAGACUAAACCCCUUUGGUUCAAAUUUGUCACCUCAGCUAGGCAAGUUUACUGGUAAAUUCCCUAAGCCUGGGCACUACCAGAACUCUACCAAUUAUUUUUACAUUUCUCAACCACGAGGUCGCGUAAAUCCCAUGACCUAAACAUCAUUAAUGCAAUGGCAUGCAAUGAGUACAAACAAAAUAAAACAUAUUAAAAAAAACUAAACAAAAUGUCAGUGUUUAGGCGUGACAGUUUUAUUUUACAAGUUUUGUCUGAAUGUUUAAUAUUAAUUUUACACUUAAUUAAACAGUGUACUUGGAUUUAUUGUCAGGUUUGUGGAUUAUAAACCAACAACAUUGGAGAAAAACUACAGGCAUGAAAUGUUGACAGAGGUGGACCUGGGGGUCAAUAUUGAUCUUAUCAACCCAGACACCUAUGCUAUAGAUCAUAAUGGUAAAUUUUCAACAAUUUUUAUUUUCUGUUUAAAAUAAAUACAUGCAUUGCUAGAGAAAGAUUAUGUUAUUCUGUAUCAUGUUUUAAGGACUGUGAAUAUAUGAAAAUCAGAUAUAUGAACUGCAGUUUGAGAAAUGAAAUUGAAAGCAAUCUUUGCUAUCAUGAACACUUCUUAAGCAGUAAUAAAAAUAAGACCCCAAAAAAUUCAGGCCUGUAUGGGAUUCAAACCCAUGACCUCUGCAAUACCAGUACAGUGCUCCACCAACUAAACUAACAAUCCAACUGGGUGCUGGUCACUGUGUUCAUUACUGCAAAGAUCACUUUCAAUUUCUUAUCAUGUUUCACUCCACAGGUGUAUUACCCUUAAAAAGUGACUAGAAAAAUAAACUUGUAUUAUUUAUGAUACUUAACCUUAAACUCCCAAGAUCUGAUUGUAAAUCCUCCUUUCCAGCAGCUACACAUUUCCUUGUAAUAAGCUAUGGGAAUUUGGUGUUAGAUUAAGAAAAACAAUUUCUACCUGAUAAGUUUGAGUAUUCUUUUUACCUGUUUGCUGGAUAUUGCAUGGAUAUCAUAGGGAGAAGUUACAUGUUAAUCACUUCUGGGAGUUAGAGGGUUAAUGAUGUUAUAGUUUUAAUUUUGAUUGAAUUGCAGUUUCUCUUGAUCCUGACGAUGAGAAGUUAUUAGAAGAAGAACCAGUGAACUUGCCAGAUAAAAAACGGUAUUUAUGUCAUGAUUUCUGUCGGUAUAGCUUAUUUUAUUUAACAUUUAUAUCUUCCUUUAGUGGUCAUGGUUCAAUACAUAGGAUGCUGGAUCAUUUGAGGAUUUGUUAGGGUUUGAACUGUAUCUGGGUCAUCUGUGUUGUCUCCAUUGUAAAAAGUAAAAUAGUCUGCAUAGUAGAUAUAUUUGAGUAGUCUUUGUGUACUCUUCCCAGAUGAGAUCCCAGUCUAUUCCAGGGUAUCCCUUAGUAUUUACAUGCCGUUCCAGGGGUUUCCAUAACUUUUUCCAUAAGCUGCUGCCAACAGUGUAAUAGGCACAUUGUUACUGGAAAAGGGCAGUAGGGGGAUACCCAAACAAAAGAGCCUGCUCUCAGGGUAAACAGAUGGCAGGAAGAGGUCUUAUCGUCCAUCUUUGUGUUUCAAGGUAAUCUGAUAUUAUCAACUGAGUUAAAAACAUAAAUCCACCACCAUAAAUAGUCACAAGGCUGACAUUUUGAGUGUUGGCCCUUUGUCAAAGCAAAUGGCAAAGGGCUAACGCAUGAAACUUCAGCUUUGCAACUCUUUAUGAUGGCCAAUUUACGUUAUCAACUCAGUUGACAAAAAUCAGAUUACCCUGUUAUACUCUCCCACUGAAGCAGCACCACAGUGUUUUUAGAAAGUUACUCCUUUAUCCAUCUUUCUGUUGUUUACAGGACAGCCCAUCAUAACAAGAAUGUGUCCUGGCUGAGAAGAACUGAAUACAUUUCAACUGAGUACAACAGAAGUCGCACCAGUAAUGAAAUGGUGGAGACAAAGUGAGUCAUGUUCUUGUGGUAUGUGUGACAUUUGUCUAUAUUUUGUAAAUUUAUGUAUUAAGUUUUUUUGCCUGUUUCCAGGGUUGGAUUCAAUGUGAAAAAGAAAUUCCAAGGCACAGAUAUUUACAAGGUGACUUAUAAUUCACUAAAUAUAAACUUAUCUUUUAUAAUUUAGUUUAUGAGGAACAAAGAAGCAGCAGUAAGGCUCAAGUUUUUUCCUCUUUAUUUUUCUUGUAGGACCGUGAAAGUCAGAUUUCUGCCAUUGAAAGCACAUUUGAUGCUGCUCAGAGACCAGUAAGUGAUCAUGAACGUCUAAAGACAUUUGUACAAAGGCCCCCAAUGUUUGGAAUGAAAACAUACUUAAGUAGUUAUUGUUAGUGGAAUUAUGUUCUGAGAAACAAACACUUUUUUUCACAUGUGGGUUAUUAUGCAGGUAAACUGAUGAAAAGUGCACCCUAUUUAGUUAAGCAUUUGGCAGCUUUUUCCAGGGCAUAUUCAGUCAUGUGGUGCAUUACUAUACAACCAGGUCUGCAUUGACCAAAAAAACCUCAUGGAUUUAUAGAGUUUGAUAAUUACUCUUGACAAUUGUUAAGCAUAGCUUUAGUUCUUGUAUGUUACAAAUCCUUGUUCAUAUAGACUUAAAAAAUCAUUUUAGUGUUUUGAAGGUUCAUCCUGUGUAAAGAAAGUGUUGAAGCUUCUGUGACCUGCUUUUCAAACUUUGUCUGAAUUUUUUCAGAUUCUACGCCAUCCAACAAAGCCUGGUGUAACACCUCUGGAAGUUCUUCCAGUGUUUCCAGAUUUCCAGGUAAAUAAAUAAUUGUAUAAUUGUUCUUCAGUGACUAAACAUUUGAACGUGUCCUUUAGUAGCAUGUCGUAAUGAUGUGGGAUAUUGAUCAAAUGAAGCCUUUAAGUGCUACUGUGGUUCUUUCUUUAUUCACUCCGAGCUUUCGCCGUUCUACGGCAUCAUCAGGGAGGACGAUAAAAUAUUUGCGCUAUGGUUUUAAACGUUGGAGGUGCCACUGUAAAUUAGCAUAAUGUAAAACUAGCCAGUAGGACGCAUGAAAAACCAUAGCGCAAAUAUUUUAUUGUCCUCCCUGAUGAUGCCGUAGAACGGCGAAAGCUCGGAUUGAAUAAAGAAAGAACCACAGUAGCACUUAAAGGCUUCAUUUGAUCAAUAUCCCAUGUUCUUCAGUGACUUUUCGCACUUAAUGUGUCUUUAACUAACUUGUCAUUCGUUAAUUUACAAGAGGUCAGUAGAUUAAGCAUUUGAUUUUAAGGGGUGCAACAGAAUUAACAAAACCAUUAUGUCCCACACUUUUUGGUCAUUUGGCCACAAAUGGUUAACAUUUGAUAUCUCCUUGAUAGUGAUUACAACUGUAAAUAUGCAAUCACAGAAGUGUAGAGUGACUUCACCUGGUUUGCAAAGUGUUUAAGGGCCAGUCAUUUUAACAGAGUUUAGCUGUUGUUUUUCAAAACAGCAUUCUAAUCCAUCUUCAGUUUAGCCAAACCUUUUAUCUGAACAUUUAUUUUUAUGAACUGUGUCAAGAGGGCCGAAAGCUGACAGUGGAAGGAAAUUUAUUUAAUCAAAUCAACCCUCUUAUGGAAAAUCACAGAGGUCUACUGCUUGCAUAAAAUGGCAGUUUUGGUUAGAUCUCGUGUAAAUAACCAGUCCUGUGAUUAACUUUAAAAAGCUUAUUAGACUAGUCUAAUAAACCCAGUCUACUUUACUUGACUCAACCGAAGGCUCAAAAUUAAUAUUUUUCUCCACAAACUGCAUCAUACUUGUUAUUAUUAAUAGUUAUUAUUAAUCAACUUAUAAGUAUUUUCAAUUUUUAUUUCUAGAUGUGGGCUCAGCCCUGUGCUCAUGUUAUAUUUGAUACUGACCCUACCCCAAGAGGUAGAGGAGGUCCAGCAGAGGAUGAAGAAAUGUCGCAGGCAAUGAUCAGGUAAAGGUCAUUUAGCUCAAUCAGGGAUUCCUCUAUUGUGACAAGUUUGCAGUCAGUGCUGUGCUACAGAAACCAGCUCAUUGCUAUACCUGAUACUAAAUGCCUUCUUUUCUAAGCAAUAUUUACUAAAUCACAUUUUAAGUUCAACUGACUAUUGUUUUUUUCUUCCUGUAGAGGUAUGGUGGAUGCCAGUGGAGAUCAAUUUGUUGCAUAUUUCCUUCCCUCAAAAGAGACAAUCAGGAAACGAAAAAGAGACCAAGAAGGUGAAACAGAAUACAUGGAGGAGGAAGAGUGAGUACUUUUACAUAAAGUAUCCAUUUACUCUGUAUAAUACAACUUUAACCCUUUUAACCCUUUAACUCCCAGAUCAAAUUUCUAAUUCUCCUCAUCGUCAACCAUACAAUUCUUGUAAUGUUAGUUCAGAGAAUUUAGUAUUGGAUCAACUGAUUAUCCCCAAAUUGAUACUUUUCUGUAUUCUCAUGGCUUAUCUGGUUGAUAUUGUACUGAUAUUGUAAGGAGAAAUUCUGUCUUAGUCAUUCAUGGGAGUUACAGGGUUAACUCCCAAGAUCUGAUUGUUAAUUCUCCCCUUCAGCUGCUGCACACAUCCUUAGUUACAAGAAACUGGGUCAGAUUAAGAAACAGUUUCAACCUGAUACAUUUUUAGGUGCAUUAAACAUACAGGCCCGGGUUGUUCAAAGCUGGGUUAAGGUAACCCAGGGUUAGUGUGAAAUUUGAUUUCCGGUCUGAAAGCUUUAAGAGGAAAUUCAGUUCAAAUCUUUUUGCCUGCAAUUUGAUCAUUGGAUGUUCUAAAAAGAAUAAUGAAAAUUUUCCGUAAAAGACUUUUGGACAAAGGAAUAAAGAAACCUGAAUUAAAAUUUAACCCUGGGUUAGGGCUAAUCGGCCUUUGAACAACUGGGCCGAGAAUUUGAGAAUUGAGAAUUUUGUGUUGAGAAUUUUUUAACCCCUAGAGUCUUCAUUUCCAAAUCAGAUUAAAACCAUGGGGAUCCCUUUUUUCUGUACAACAGAUCCUGCAUGGGAAUAUUUAUUUUAUUUUUCCAAACUCAAUAUUGUUUUUCUCAGAUACGAGUACAAAAUGGCACGUGAAUACAAUUGGAAUGUAAAGAACAAGGCCACCAAGGGUUAUGAGGUAAAGAGGAAAGGGUUUGAGUCAUUUCUGAGUUGUUUAUUGACAUAAUUGUUCUCCUGUUUUAUAUUCUUCUUUCUGUAGCAGUUUCAGUGAGAAUAACUUAAUUUGCUCUUAUCAUUUCUAGGAAAACUACUUCUUUGUGUUCCGAGAAGGAGAAGGCGUUUUCUAUGAUGAACUGGUAACAAGGUAAGGUCUACGUUCUGAUUUACCACCCUAACAUCAGUAUGCAUACUCUUCUGUUCUGUACUGUUCCCUAUACAUUCCCUAAAGUGCUGAUGAGAAUUUGUUUUAUAAUCCAGAGUUUCUCUAGUUGGUGACCAUUUCCUUUAUUCUCAUGACCUUAAUGUGUGAUUUGGGGGUGAUGUUGUAAGGAGAAAUUGGAUGUUAAUCACCCUUUGGGGUCAAGGGCUCUUUGAUAUUGAAUAUGAAUUUUUUACUUUUUAGUACACAGUGAUUCAUUGAUUAAAUUUCAUUGCAGAGUUCACCUGAGCAAGAGACGUGCUCGUGGUGGUGCUGGUGGGGUGCAAUCAGCAGUCUCUCAGUUGGUGGUGAAACACAGGGAAUUGAAUGAAAAUGAAAAGAAGGCACAGGUGAGCAAGGAGCCAUAAAAAAAAGCUCAGCCACAACCACCAGCUAGUCUGCCAUCAUAUCCCUGCUACUUUUCCCUAAUUUUGCCAUAAUUGGUGAUAGAAAUAACAUUCAAUCAUUGAUCAGAAGUCCUUUAAUUUGAAGAAAUUAGUACAGCAGCCAUUUUCCAGUUUUUAGAGGAAUUGAAUGUAUAAUUUCCAGUAACAGGUGAACCUGUGUGAUUUGAUUCUGAAUUCAGAAUUAGUUUAAGGGUUUGUCCUAAUUAAGCAGCAUGGCUGGAACAUCUUGACAGAAUAGUUCACAGUCCAGCUUGUAAUCUGACAAAACAACAGAGCAUCCACGGUAACCUUACUGGUUGCUAUUUCUUAUUUGCCAUCUACUUUCAGACUUAUUGUCAGCCUUGGGUGGGAAGUAGUUCCAUAAUUGUUAUAUUGAAAAUAUAUUUGAAGUCACUGAUUGUAGGGAAAAGGUCAAUGGUGGGCUUAUGUGUAUCAUAAGUUUAUGUUGUGAGGAGAGAGAAAAUCUGUUCAUCUGACUCACAAUGUAAGAAUUGAAUAAUCAAUUGUAUAUGUAUAUUGAUCAGGAAAAUUUGACUGCUAUCCUACUAGUCUUCAUCAGGCACCAAGGUCAAAAGUUUACAUGUCGCUAUUUAUAGCACCUUGGUUUGUGUUAUUACUUAUGAUAAUGGUUUUGGUUCUUCAGGAAAUGCGUAUGAAUCAGCUGGACACAGCUGUGGCAGAAGAGGAAGAGGAGGAAGAAGAAGAGGGUGAUGAGGACGAUGAAGCUGAAGAAGCUGCUGAAAUUGAAGAAGAGGAUGGAAACCUUGAAAAUGAUAAUGAUGACGAGGAUGAAGAUUUAAAAGAGGAUGAAGAUUUAAAAGAGGAUGAUAAUGAAGCAGAACAAGAGAGCAAUGAUGAAAAAGAUGAGAAAGACAGCAGUGAAGAAGAUGGGUCAAGUCCAGAAGAGUCCAACAGUGAAGAGGAUGAAGAUGAUGUUGAGUGAUGAAGUUCAACACUUCUUUUGAAACAUGUCUUAUAAAAACUGCAGUAAUUUUGAUGAACUGGUAACCAUACACUUGUAGUUUUCCUAACUUAUUUCUUAGUGCCAGUAUCUGGUCAGAAAAGGGUAGCAGUGUAAUGCAUUCUGAACAACUAGCAUUCAACAUGGGUGUUGCUGCUUCUGAUAACUGACUCUUUCCAUCCAGGCAAUGGCAUUUUCUCUAUUUAGCUGUAGUUGCGAAUGACGCCAAACAGACACAUAGCAAAUAGAUUUAAUGUUGCUGUGCAGGGAGUGUAUCUCUGAUAUUCUUACCAAAAUUUGACAUCUUCUGUAAUUUAUUUCUGUACAGAUCCAAGGCAACAUGAAAUCUAUCUGUUUAUAUGAUAAAAAAAGCAAAAUGUUGUUAAUGAAGAUGUCAUCUAUGCAUCAGUCCUCCAAUAGAUCACAAGUAAACACCAAUCAGAAUGUGUGUGCAAUUCAGCCUUGACCCUUUAACUCCCAGAAGUGAUUAACAUGUAACUUCUCCCUAUAAUAUCCAUAUAUUAUCUAGCAAACAGGUAAUGAGAAUACUCAAACUUAUUAGGUUAAAGUUGUUAUCUUGAUCUAACACCAAAUUCUAUCAGCUACUUUACAAAGAAAAUGUUUAGCAGCUAGAGGGGAGAAUUAGCAAUCAGAUCAUAGGAGUUAAACAGUUAAAGAUUGUUUGCUUAUUGGUUUACUAUGGAUAUUUCUCACUAGAGUCUUCAUAAACUUUUCUAAGUUGGUUUAUUUUUAAUAUCAAACAGAUAUUUACAUGACGGUGAUUACUUUUAAUUUCAUUUUGGCUCCUAGAGCUUCUUUCAAGCAUAACAAGUCACAAGCACAGCCCAAAUAAAUUGGAGAGUUAUUGUAAUUUGCAGUUUCAUGGUUUACUCAGUAUUGUACAUUCAUAACAAAAACUCAACCAAACAUACCAAAAAACCUGUCCUUCUGUAUGUAUCCUUGACA